UUUAGUAAGACUUGCUUUGGUCAUUUUCUAAACCUUAAAUCUUAUGCUAAUCAAGCUAAAUUGGUUCACCAUGUUUUGUUGAGAGAAGUUAACCAACCAAACUUAAAUGAAAUGUGGUUUAAAGUUUGUGGAAAGCUGAUUAGGUUUUCUUUGGGUGAAUUUGGGUUAUUGUCUGGGUUAAAUGUGUUUGGUGAUAUUGAUAGAGGUGGAAUUAAGAAUAGUAAUCCUAUUGGAUUGUAUUCGAAAUUUUUUGGUGACCAUACAAGGGGCAUUUCAAGAAUUAUUGUUGAAGAAAGGUUUAAGGCUGCCAAUUUUGAUAAUGAUGAUGAGGCUGUUAGGAUGGCUGUACUUUACCUGAUCACUAACUUUUUGUAUGCUUGGCAAAAAGAGAAGAACAUUGAAAAAACUGACUUGUAUCUUUGUGAUAGUGGUGGUUUUAAUCAUUUUCCAUGGGGAAAGGAUAUUUUUAAUGUGACUCUCUCAUCUUUGAGAGAUGCUUUAAGGGAAAAUGAAGUUGUUAUUACUCGGCAAGGUUCUUACCCAACCUAUAAGUUGAAUGGUUUGCCAUUUGUUUUCCAAGUUUUCAUUUACGAAUCAAUUCCUAGUUUAGAGGGAACUUAUUGUGAGAAGGUUAGUUGUGGUCUGCCUAGGAUUAUAAAUUGGUCAUCUGUUGCAAUCCCAUCUCAUAAGGAGCUUGAGAGGAAUGUGUUUUCAUUACAUAAGACCAAAAUUGUUAAAGUUUUGCCCACUGAUGAAGAGAACAAUGCCUUCAAGCUUGAAGGUUUUUUCCAGUGCAACAAGGAUAUGAAUGUUGCUGAUUUUGAGGAUGAUGAUUUUGUUGCUCCUCCAAAGAAACCAACCAGUGAGGCUCCUUCCUCAUCAUAUGUUCCUUGUGUGACAUUUGGUUUUUCUGAUAUGAAAAUUAUUGUGGAUGAAUGUCAGAAGAAGUGUAACAUUAUGUCUAAGGAAAUUGCAUUUUUAAAGUCUGCUAGUGAAUCUAGACAUAGGGCAUUGAUGGAGAUGUUGGUUAAUCUGAAAAACGAUCAAGAUUUAAAACACAAGGCAGUUAUGGAAAUGUUAGGUGAGUUGAGGCCAAAAUCAUGUGGUAUUAAUGAUGAUAUUGAUCAUGUUGAUGUUGGUUUUGUGGGAGCUGAUGUUGGUGAUACUUCUGGUGGUGGUGGUGUUUCAAAGGAAAAGGAUAAGUUUUUUGAGAAUGAAAGUUUUACCCAAGUUUUUGAUGAAUGCAUUCAAGCAAUGCAAGAAGAUGCUGCUGGAGAUAUGGUAAUUGCAGAUGAUAAGAAUGAUACAGUAAAUGAGAAUGAGAAGACUACUGGGAAUGAUGUUGAAGAAACAAUGAAUAUUGUCAAACCUCAUGAUGAUGUAGCUGAUGUUGUUAAAGAUCUAGAAGAAGAGGCUCAUAUUUUUAACAACAUGAAUGUGGAGAUUUUUGAUAAAGUUGUUCAUGCAGCUGUUGGUGAUUUGGCAAAGAAAAAGGAAGUUAUUAUGGCAACACCCAUUGCUGGUUCUUUGAUGAAUCCAGUAGUUGUGUCUACUCCUGUUGUUGGCAAAAGGAAUCCAAAGCCUGCUACAGUUUUGCAAUCUCCUUUUGUUAACCAAUUUGGAUCAUCUUCUUCUAAGGAUAUGAAACAUUUGGAGGUUGUGAAGUCUAAAAGGAAGGUUGUGGGACGAUAUGCUUUUGGAGACAAUCUUUUUGAUCUGCCUAAUCAAAUUGACCAAGACUCUUUUAACAAGUGGUUUUCUCUGGGGCUGAGAAAAAAUAAUAAGUAUAAGAAAUUUGAUGAUAAUAAUAGUAUCAUUAAGGAGCCAUUUCAGUUUUGUGUAACUGAGAUUGAGAGAAAAAUUUGGUUUUAUGAUUUAGUUAAAGAUGGGAGGGAUUUGGACAAUGAGCAUAUUAAUGUGGCAUUUUAUUACCUUAGAAAAAAAGCCAAGUAUUGUGAGUUGAUAAAUGUUAGAGUUACUACUACAGAUAACUCUUUUGAUCAAGUUAUCACUUCUCUGUAUGAUGUGUAUCUGUCAAGUGACUGUGAUCGAUCUGUUAUAUCGCAUAACAGUGUUAUUUUUGAGUAUAUUUGUGGUUAUAAAAUGCUUUGUAACACCCCUUGGUCGCUAGUAGAUUUCAUUUUAUUCCCUAUUAAUAUGACUGUUGUUGGCUGUAAUCAUUGGAUUCUUGGGGAGUUCAACGUGAAGCAGAGAUUUUUUAAAGUCUACAACUCAAUGAGGAAUAGAGUUAUGGAUAAGAAAGUGUUGAAAGUUGUUGAAGCAUAUUCUACUUUGUUGCCCUUGUUUCUUUCUUUAAAUAAUUUUUAUGAGUCAAGGGAAGAUAUUGAUCUAAAUGCACAAGCAUUCAAGGGCAUUGAUAUGUGUCACCCGUUGGACAUUGUGUUUGAUGAUGAGGUUCCACAACAGAGUAACAACGAUUGUGGGAUUUUUAUCAUAAAGUUUGCUGAAUUUCUUAUGCAUGGACUUAUUGAAAAUAUCCCCAAUCCUCUGAAUGUUAGUUUCCAGAGAAACAAAAUUGCAGUCGAGCUAUAUGUCCAUGCUAAAAGAAAGAAAGAUGAAGGCUAUCUAUCUGAUGGGGAGUUCAGAGGAAGAAUGAGCAAGAAGAUGUUGAAUGUUAAUGCAAUGGAAGUAUGAGAGCAUCAAAGUAGUUAACAUUUUGGCUUUUAUCUUGUAAAGAAGAUACAUACUUAUGGCAAGAUAACUUUUGUGUCUUUGUUUUGCAAACUUUCAAGCAAGUAUCAUGUUUGAAUAUUUUGAAUACUGUGGCAUAUCAUUGAAUUUUGAUAUUAGCCCUUUUUUAUGAGGAAUGUUGUACAGAGGUGUCUCAAGUUUGUAACUUGAGUUCACAACUUUAUUUUUAU